AUCGCGACUUGUUUUGCCAACUAGACAUAGUCCUGUCACAGUUGCAAAAUAAUGCAAUUUUCAUACUGUUUACUCAGAUUUAAUCUUUACAACUUCACUUAAAAUCGUUCUCAGUGAUAUGUGACGUCGGUAAGAGAAACUAAAUAUGUCGUGGCUCAAUUUAAACCAGAGUUUGAACAGUUUGAAAGGGCAGAUUACGAACUUUGCUUCCGAGGUGUUAUCUGAAGUGCCUGGACAGGAUACUGAGGAUAAUGCAGCUGCGUCGGAGACUUCUGUAAAGGAACUUGAGGAGAAAUGCUACAACCAGGAGCUCGAGAUCGCAUCUCUGAAGAGUUUUACAGCAGAACUUGAAGCCACAUUGCAAUCUGAGAGACUCAACCGAAAAAAUGGAGUCAAAGAAAAAGAAGAAGAAUCCAGUUGGUACUGGGACCCUCCGCCGCAGCCCGUGCGAACAGACGCGGAUAUCGAAAACGUGUACAAAACACAAAUCAAAGAACUACAAGACGAAAUAUCCACCUUAAAAGAUCGGUACAAUAUAGACCCGAGACAAGACAAUGACGACGAACUUGAGAAACUAAGAGAAGAAAACAAAAACCUAACGACAAAUCUGGAAGAUUUAGAUUCCCAACAUCAGCUAGCUAUGGAGAGACUGUUAAGCUUAAAGAAAGAGUUGCAAAAGAAUUUUGAGGUCCUUAGGCAAGAGCAUGAAGAUCUAAAAUAUAACAACGAUGAAUAUGCAAAUGAAAUUAAAAUUCUGCAAGCUAAAAUAGCGGAGAAGGAUAAAGAUUUCGAAACUUUGAAGACGGCUAAGGCAGAUUACGAUACGUUGCAUCAUAAAUAUAUGAAUUUAGAAAGGGUACAUGAUCUCUUAAGAGAAAAUGCUGAGAAAUUUCAGGAAGAGAAUCAAGAGUUACAUGAAGAAAUAUUUAAAUUACAGGAGCAGGUAACUAAAUUAGAACACGAAGUUGAACUUGUUACUAAGCAUUCUGAGCUGUCUGAGACUGUGCCUAGAGAUAGGUACGAAGAGUUGUUAAAGGAACUGAAUGAUCUGAAAGACAGUAGAAACUCCAACCACCAGCAUGUUGAUGAAGUCAAUAUUGAUGAUAACGCUAAGAGUGUCAUCGAAACAUUGAAAAGAGAGUUGCAUGAAGUGAAACAUAGAUUAGCUCAAAAGGAAAGUGACGCACAAUCUGAUAACAAAGUAAUUAAAACUGAAAAGAUAAUGCAGUUUUAUAAUAAAUACGUGAACUUUGAUAUUCCUGUAGAUUAUCUCGGAGAAGUGCCAUCGAGUGGCGAAAAUAUAGUGGUAUUUAAAUUAGAAAGUGCUUUCAAAACACUGAAUUCUUUUAAGAAGGACAUUGAUAAACUCAACCAUAAGCUGUCUGAGAAGAAACUAAACAUCGACCAUAUGCAGACACAGAUAGAUGAUUUAACAACGGAAAAUGACUUCUUAACCAAUGACUUACAUCACACUGAGAGAGAAUUGGAGGAAAUGAAGAAGAAUAAUGACUUUUUGAUAUCAGAAAUUGCGGCCUUAAAGAAUACGUCCAAACUAGAACCUAUAAUAGAAACGCAUGAAGAUAAUUUAGCAAAACUAGAGACAGAAUUAGCAGAUUCAAAUAAUUUAAAUAAGGAUUUCGAGUCUAAAAUACAACGAAUAGAAAAAGAACUAGAGGCAGUUAAGCAUGAAAAAGUUUUGUUGCAAACAAGCUUAGCUGACUUAAAAGAGAAAUACACGUUGAUGCUUAGUGAACUAGACAUGUUCAAAACUAAAACAAAGGAUGUGGAAGACUUGGAAAAGACAGUCAAUAUUGCAAGUGAAGAAAUGGUUAAAAACUGCACACAUGAAAUUCAUGAAUUGAAAAAACGGCUCAAUGCUGCCAAUGCUAAAAACGAACAAUUGUCAAUAGACGUGCAUAUUGCAGAAAAUGACAAGGUAUUACUUACGCAAGAAAUUGACAAUCUUAAGCAAAGUAUUAAACAUGAAACACAGAGUUUGUCCAAAUCUAAAGACGAACAUGAUGGAAGGUUACCAGAGGUUGUUGAAGAUAGUUUAGAACCAAAAGCUAGAGCUUCUAGUAGUAUUGUAUUGGAAACAAGUACAAAACACAAAAAUAUCACCACAGUAUUGAAAGAAGUUGAAGAAAUAAAAUUAGAAAAAGCACAAAUUCAAGCGCAAUUGGAUAUGGCAAAGGAUGAAAAUACGCUAUUAAAGGAAAGUGUUAGCCAACUUAAUACGGCAAUUGAUCACAUUAGGCAGCAAGAGCGACACUUGCUUAUUCAAAUAGACGAUUUAAAGAAAUCAAGACAAGCCGUAAUUGAUAACGAAAAGGUGCUUCAAGGAACUAUUGAAAAGUUGAAUGAAAAGAUAAAAACGCAAGAAAUGUUAACUAUGGAGAUAGGUAAACUCAAAGAAGCAAAUAUACAUUUGACUCAACAGAAAGUUCACUUGGAAGCAGAGUUGUUAUCUACAGACAGUAAAAUCACACAAUUUAAUCAAGAAUUUGAAAAAGUACUAAGCAAUGUCAGUGAAAAAGAUGGUCUUAUCGAUGCUCUAAAUACUACUAUCACUGAAAAUAACUCUAAAGUAAUUUAUUUAAAUGAUAAAAUAUCAGAAUUAGAAAGUAAUUUGGUGUCUAAAAACAAUGAAAUCAUUAAACUGCAAAAAACUCUCGAAGAAGUUACUGAAGCAUUAAAUCAAACUAACCAGCAAUCAAAUCAAAGUAAAGAGGCGAUUUUACUGGAAAAAGAGUCUCUGACCCAACAGCUUAUAGAGCUUAAUGUUGAGCUUAAAAAUAAAACGGACGAAAUUUCUGCUUUAAACAAUACAAUUGCAGAAGUUGAAAGAAAUCGUUCUGAAUUCAAAACAUUUGCUGAUGAGAAAGACAAGGAAAUCAAAGAACUACGUCAAAGUAUAGUUGAAAUAAGUGACAAACUGAAAAAUGUCGACCAUACAACAAAUGCUGAUGAUUACGCCAUAUUACUUAAAGAAAAGGAAGCCAUACAAAACCAAGUUGUAGAUCUACAAAAUAAUAUCACUGUUAAGCAGGAGGAAUUAAAUGAAAUUAAAGUAAAACAUGACCUUAUGGAAAAAGCUUGUAUCGAAUACAAAGCUUUAGUAGAAAACACAACAGCCGAAAAGGCAGAGCUAAUAAAUCUAGUUACUUUAAAACACAAUGAAAGUUUGCAGUACCACAACGAAAUACAAAGGCUAAACCAUGUCCUUUUAGAGCAGAAUACUGAAAUGAAAAAGUUGAUUGAAGAAAAGAACCAGCUAAUACAAAAUAACGAAACCUGUCCAACCUGCGAGAAUUUGAGAAUGACUCUUAGAGAAAAGGAUGAAAUAAUAAAGAGUCUCAAUCAGAAUAGUAGUAUGUUUGAGAAGAAUACUACUGAUUUAGUGAAUGCGAAUGAAAGUUUGAGGAUGUUAACAGAGAAAUGUGACGGAUUGGAGAAAAAUCUUCAGAUUCAGCUAGAGAAUGUAAAGACAUUGGCAGCAGAAAAGAUACAGCUGUCUGAGCAACAUGACAACGCGACUCGCGAACUGGAGCGACUACGUCACCAUCUCGUGGAGAUGGAAGACAACUAUACACAGGAGCUGAUGACGUCAGAACAGAAACUGACGGAAUGUCAGGCGAGGUUGCAACAUGUUGAGGAAAGAGCUAAGCAGAGCAGUACGGUUUAUACUAGUAAUAGCAUCCGAGCCAAUCAAGAAGUAGAAACGCUGCGUAACCAAAUCAAACUGCUUGAAAAGCAACGAGAGGAUGUCCAGGCCAGACUUGGAGAAGCAGACGAUGCAAGAGGGCGGAGUGAAGCUGCGCUCACCAACUUGCAAGUUGUCUUGGAACAGUUCCAAUUAGACAAGGAACGCGACAUCCACGCCGCCACCGAAAAAAUAAGAAACAAAAUGGAGGAUCUGAAAAAAGAAAAUGGCGGUCUACAGAAUCAGAUAGAAAAACUCAACGUGAAACUUCAAGAAUCUCUAGCUGGUCUCCAAGCCGCCACAAGACUUGGGGAUCAACUGGAAACAAAAACAGCGCAAAUCAAUGAUUUGAAAGAACAAGUAAAAACCCUGCAAACAUCAGUAGGGGCAGCCGAAGAGAGAUACUAUAAAGCUAUAUCCAAUCAGCAAGACAAAGUGGACAAGAACUUAGUCAAGAACCUUGUGCUGAACUUCGUGCUUACUGCGGGGAACAAUACUAACAAGACUCAAAUACUGCGUGUGCUGUCGACGGUGCUAGACUUCAACCAGCAAGAAUGCCGAAAGCUAGGCCUAGAAAAGGCACCCCCUGCGGACAGCCUCGCUGCCGAAUUCGUCAAAUUCCUACAGGACGAGAGCAAGCCCCGAGCGCCAUUACCAAGUAUGUUGGGUCUCACCAGGAGUAAUACGCCUAGCUCCAGGAAAAACUCUACUAUAGGCCCAUCCCCCAUCCCUUCAGAAGUCCUAGGCCACAAGCGCAACCCUUCCACCGGCUCCAACAACCUCCUUUUCCAAAACAUAGACAACCUGGAGACCACCUCGCAGAUAUCCAUAGAGUCCGACCAUAGAGUCUCAACCAGUAUGGACACGGGAGUUAACCAGACGAGAAAUACAGAGGGCGCCAUUUUGAAACACGUCUUGAAGGAUAUGUAGGUAAAUACAACAGUUAUUACAGAAAAGCUACCC